AGAGAAUAGGUCUUCGUCCCGUGACUAAAACUAGAUCUCGGUCGUCCCUUGACUAGAACCCGGUCUCGGUCUAGUGACUAAAACCCGGUCGUCGAUCUCGUUACUAAAACCCGGUCUUCGGUCCCAGAUAUUUUAUUCGAUAAAACAUCUCUAAUAUAUCAGAAUAUUUGAGUCCCAUUUCUCGUCAAUUUAGAUAUGACAUCUCAUGCCUGCAUUCUUAUACUGAUUGAUCAUACUAUUUUCUUCCUCAUAGCGCACGUCUCCCCUUUACUUCUGAGACCGAAGACCGGGUUUUAGUCAGUACCCAAAAUAUGAGAUUAGUGGGGACGAAGGGCGCGGGGACAUGUCCUUAUGAUAUUCUCUCUGAAAACCACUUUUUUCCAAUCCGAAAGAGAGUACUAGUAUUAGGAACUUUUAUAGGUAUAGCUAUAGAUGUACAUAGAUGUACUUUUUUGUCUUUACAAUAACCUACAUGUAUGUGUGUAUUCUCUUCUAGACAUUUUGAGGACGUUUUACUAAACAGGUUCGGUCGGAGAGAGAGAGAGAGAGAGAGAGAUUUCUAUUACAGUAUAUAACUCACAGUCUCAUACUUGACUAAAUGGACGUGCGGUCUGAGGUGCUAGGCACUCAAUGCUAGAAGAUUUGGUUCCGCAGGUCGUGGAUUCAACUCCCAGUUGGGGUACCCAUAAGUAGUGAUUAAAAUAUAACCAUAUCCUUGAUCUAAAAACAAACAUCCCCCCCAAAAAAAAAUCAAAGGAAUACAAUGUAGAAUCAUAAUAGUAAGCGAAAGCCAAACCACUGUAUGAACAAUUUAGCUAUAAGUAUCUGGGUGGGUUUUUUUUUUUGUUUUUUUGUUUUUUGUUUCUUAAAUUCUUUUUUUUUUUUUUAUAAUUGAUUUCUUCAUUUAUUCAUUUAUCUAUUGUGAUUAAACAAAAUCUGGGAACUGUUUGUAUGAAUAUCCGGUAUAUCAUUAUCGCCAUUUUUCUGUGUUCUACUGCAUUUACAUGUACAUGUAGGUAAACAUUCCUUCACUUUUGCUGGUACUAAACUUAGCCGCAGAGGUCAAACUUAAAACGGACACAAUUAAUGUCCGACAGCACCAUGGUUACUCAUCAACGUCUGUGGUCUGUCAGCAUUACGUGACUGAAAGUCCAUCCAAGUACCUGCGAAAGUUUUGAAGAUGCGAGUUGAAAUAUUCCUGAUAUUCUUCAUAAACCAGAUUGCCGCAGUGCACCUGUUUCUUAAUGAGAAGAUUUCGGAAGAAUCGAAAAAUGUUGAUCCUUUCAAUAUUCGCCAAGAAUUUACAAUGCUCAGAGGGAGACUUGCAAAAGUCCUGAAUAUUGAGAAUCCCAAGACGAGUUGUAUGUUUACUGACGUUCUCAAUCAAAAGUUGUUGCUGAGAAACCCAUGUUUUGAAAUUGUACCAGAAUUAAAUGGAAUGUUGGGAAAUAAGUGCAUAGGAAUAUCUCGUACAUCCAAGUGUAUUCAAGGGAUACAAAGAGCCCCCAGACAUAAACGAGACGUAGAGAAGAUGCUCAGUUCUGUUCGCAAUUUCAUGCACUUCAUCGGUAGAUCCAAUUCAGUCCAGCGGACGCACGCUAAACCCGCGAAAAUCAACAUCAAGAACUCACUGGAUUACGCCGCCACGGAUUUCACGUCAAACAUACGUCCACAUCUCAGCCGACUGCUGGGCAAGUUCCGGGUCAUGCAGACCGGAAGUAAUCACAUCGGAAACGACGCUAAAGCAGCCAUCUCUUACAUUCAACACAGCAUCGGGAAAACUGUGUCGGACAUUGAUGGGACAAUUGUGAAACGUGCAAGACGAUUCAAAUGAGUGGAAAAUUUAUAAAGUUUGCACGCAUUUUGUUUUCUAUGACAUCAUAAGCAUAUUUAAAAACUUACAUCAGUAUUAUAGUUUGACGAAGCGGAAAGGAAAGUCUGGCAUCUUGACACAUUCCGUUAUAUGAUUUUGUAUGAUAAUUUAUUUGUAAAAAAAAAAAAAAAAAGUAGAGACGACAAAUUAA